AUGUUGGCAACUAAUGGAGUAUUGAGACGUUCAGUAAGAACAGCCAAACCAUGGAGAUAUAUCAGAACAUACAGUGAAGGUGCAACAGGUGCACCAAGAGAGUCUGCUACCCAAGAUUCGUUCACCAAGAGAGAAAAGGCUAACGAAGACUACUAUGUAAAACAACACGAAAAGGAGCAACUAGCGGCUUUGAGAGAGCAGUUGAAACAACAGCAAAAGAAGAUUGAUCAAAUGGAAGACAAGAUCGGUCAAUUGACUAAAUGA